CAGCCGGCGGGGCAGGUUUCCUGUCUUUGUGUGGGUCGGUGCGGUUUCAGAGUCUCGUGGCGGGGAGUCCCGCGGGCGGCGCCAGGCCCUCUUCCCUUGCCCCGGACCUCGGCUUUGCCGGCCUCACCGUAAACAACUGGUGGAAAUCGCAGGAUUCGGAUUAACUCUCUCCGUCCUCGCAGUACAGCGCGAAAAGGGCUGUAGAAUUGCCGGAGAAGCCUUUGGACGGGAUGGCCACGCACUGGAGGCCGGCUGGUAAGAAGUGCACCGUGAUCGGCGGCUCUGGAUUCCUUGGUCAACACCUCGUGGAGCGGCUGGUGGAAAAAGACUACUCGGUCAACGUGUUUGACAUUCGCAAAGGCUUUGAUAACAGCAAGGUGCAGUUUUUUCUGGGCAAUCUCUGUGAGAAAGAGGAUCUUCUUCCAGCUUUGCAAGGCGUGAGCCUGGUGUUUCAUUGUGCCUCGCCUGCACCUUCUAGCAACAAUCGAGAACUUUUCUACAGGGUCAAUUAUUUGGGGACCAAGGCAGUCAUCGAGGCUUGUAAAGAAGCUGGUGUCCAAAAACUGGUGUUGACCAGCAGUGCCAGUGUUGUCUUUGAAGGUACAGACAUCAAGGGUGGAACUGAAGAUCUCCCUUAUGCCAAGAAGCCCAUUGAUUACUAUACAGAAACAAAGAUCCUGCAGGAGAAGGAGGUGCUGAAUGCCAGUGAGCCAGAGAGGAAUUUCUUCACCACUGCUAUCCGCCCCCAUGGCAUAUUUGGACCUCGGGACCCUCAGCUUGUUCCAGUCCUCAUCCAGGCAGCCAAGAGUGGCAAGAUGAAAUUCAUGAUUGGUGAUGGAAAGAACUUGGUGGAUUUUACCUUUGUGGAAAAUGUGGUCCAUGGGCACAUCCUGGCUGCAGAGCAGCUUCAAAGGGAUUCUCCCCUGUGUGGAAAGGCUUUUCAUAUCACGAAUGAUGAGCCCAUUCCCUUUUGGGAAUUCUUGUCUCGCGUCCUCACUGGCCUGCACUAUGACCCUCCCAAAUACCGCAUCCCUUAUUGGCUAGCUUAUUAUUUAUCCCUUCUCUUCUCCCUGGUUUUGCUGCUGUUGAGUCCCCUUGUCACCGUUCAUCCCACCUUCACUCCCAUGCGGGUUGCCCUCGCUGGGACUUUCCAUUAUUACAGCUGUGAGCGAGCCAAGCGGGACCUGGGGUACAAGCCAGUGGUUCGCCUGGAUGAAGCCAUCUCAAGGACCGUCAAGAGUUAUCCCCAUCUCCGCAGGGCCACAUGAUGGCCUGAAUUUCAAGCAACAUCUCCUGAGCCUCUGCUGUUGCCUUCCUGACUGGUCUUUCCCUUCGGUCCCCUUGCCACCAGGAAGCCUCAGUUUGGAACAACUCAGCCUUCUGAGGCUGAACUACUUCAAGCAAUGUCUCCAGAGUAGCUGCUGACCCAGGAUGAGCCAGAUUUUGUAUAGGUGUACCUUUUUUAAAGACAUGUAAGGUACAUUGACUUUGUGGAAUUUCAGGGGGGAUGGGGGGGUCUUCCUUUUCAACAUGUCACAUUUUGGGCAUAAAUAGAUUGCUCCCACCUCUCACCCUUAAAUACAGCAAUUGUGUUUUGAGUUUUGUCAUUACAAAGGGAGGAGCCAGGUGUGUGGACUGAAGAGAAACUGGAGAAUUUAGACUGAUACUGUCAGGCCUAGCCCAAAGAACUCCUGGAGACGAUGCAGGUUCAAUCAGCAAGGUUUAUU